AUGACUUUAGCGAGCGUACCAUAUUGGCUGUCUAGAGGCAAGGCGGCUGUGGAAGAAUUAUGGCACGAGUAUAGGAACCUCUGCGUCGAGCAAGAUACGAUUCCCGAACAGCCGACCGUGGCAAGGAGAUCAACGGAGUUAGACGAUUUCAUGUCCUCGGUGAGGAAGCUCAGCACGCAGCCUGCACCAUCAACUUCUGCCAGACGUGACGAGUAUGCGGAGUGGGUAGCUACGACCGACCCGGGAGAUUGCCUAGUGGACGACCCUAUUCAGUACUGGCUUCAUCGUUGUCGCCAGUACCCGCGGCUGUCAAGGAUGGCUAUUGACCUAUUCUCGGUGCCAGCUAUGUCCUCCGAGCCAGAGCGCAUUUUUGAUCUAGCAGGGCAGAAGGUUACUACGCAGAGAGGACGGCUUAAAGCGGACCUUAUAGGGGCUGCGCAGUGUAUAUCGUCCUGGGAUAAAAGUGAGGUCAUCUAA